GUAGAUAGAAUAGGGAGGGGUUAUCUAGCACCCCAAUUCUGUUAUCUAACCCUCCAGCUUAAGCGUGGGCUGCUGCCAACAUUAUUGCUAUUGCUACUGAUGCUACUGCUAUUUUUAAAUGGAUGGUAUUUAGCAGUUGUGUACAUGUAUAGAUUUUGA